AUGGGUUUGGACUCAGUCCCUAGGUUGCUUCCCCAGAUACUGGUAGACGCAGCAGGAAGAUGCAAUAGGACCACUGGUGGAAAUGGGCAGGUGAAAAAACAGAGAGCUGGUGGAAGUACCGAAGAGAGACAAUGUGAUGUGCCCAGCUCUGAGGGUCCAGAGGAGCAAAAUUUUGGCAAAUGGAGUGUACCAGGAGUGGUGCCUGGCUGCAAAGGCUCGGAGGAGCAGAGUUUGGCAAAUGGAGUGUACCAGCCACCAGGGAUGACAGGUGAAGCAUACUUAGAAUGUUGCCAGUGGCCAGGAGCAACUGUUGGAGUAUGCCUGUACCAGUGUCAGUGGCUGGGAGUGACAGAAGAUCUUGGUCAACUCAUGGAUGAGUUGGAACCCCAUAUAAAGGACAGAAUAAAGAGGAGUCUGACAUUUGGAGAUGAUGGUUUAGAGGUUCCAUCCAAGGACUCAAUCUCUCUGUACAGCUACAAAGUAGAAUCCACCAUCACAUCACAUUUCGUCAAUACCAUGAUACAGAGCAAAGUGGUGAACACUGCUUCAUAUCCACAGAGUCUCUCAUUCGAUAUUCAGAUUCCCAAAGGGGCAUUUAUCAAUAAUUUUACUAUGAAUGUUAAUGGCAUUACAUUUAGUGGCUCAAUAAAAGAGAAGUCCGAGGCAAGAGGUUUGUAUGCUAAAGCAAGAGCAAGAGGAAAAUCUGCAGGUUUACUAAGGACUAAUACCCUUGAUAUGGAAAACUUCAAAGCUGAUUUAAAUGUGCCAGGAGGAACCAAAGUUCAGUUUGAAAUUAAUUAUCAAGAAGCCCUUCAGAGAAAACUUGGGACUUAUGAACAUGUGCUCUAUCUGCAGCCAGGAAGAAUAGCAAAACACUUUGAGGUGGAUAUCUACAUCUUAGAGCCAGAAGGUCUAGGCACUGUUAAUGUGGUAAAAACAGUUGCAGAUAGAUUUUCUAAUCUCAUUAAAGUUGACAAGAGUGAUAAGAAGGCUCACAUAUCCUUCAGGCCAACUGUUGAUGAGCAGCGUGAGUGCCCCACCUGUCCAACUACUGCAGUGGAUGGAAGACUCAGCGUGAAAUAUGAUGUAAACAGGGAAAAAUCCAGCCAGCUCCAGGUGUUCAAUGGAUACUUCCUUCAUUUCUUUGCUCCAGAAAAUCAGCCUCCACUCCCAAAGAAUAUUUUAUUUGUUAUUGAUGUCAGUGGUUCCAUGUGGGGAAUUAAGAUGAAACAGACAGUUGAAGCAAUGAAAUCAAUUUUGGAUGACCUUCGAACCGAUGACCAAUUUGGUAUUGUUGACUUCAACCACAAUAUCCGAUGCUGGAAGGAUGAGCUUGUUUAUGCAUCACCCACUGAAAAAGAAAGUGCUAAGAGAUAUGUCCAGAAUAUACAGGCUAUUGGAGGCACUAAUAUCAAUGAAGCCCUUCUUAGAGCAAUAUUCAUACUGAAAGAAGCAAAUGACCAUAAAAUGUUGGAGCCAAACUCAGUUUCUUUGAUUGUGCUGGUUUCAGAUGGGGAUCCAACUGUAGGUGAACUUAAACUUUCUAAGAUUCUGAAGAAUGUUAAGGUAAACAAUCGUGAUGAGUUCUCCCUCCAUUCCCUUGGUAUUGGAUUUGAUGUAGACUAUGACUUCUUAGAAAGACUUGCCCAGGAAAAUCAUGGACUAGCUCAGAGGAUCUUUGGAAACCAGGAUACAGGAGCCCAGCUUAAGGAAUUUUAUAAAAAGGUUUCCACUCCGUUGCUGAAAGACAUAAUUUUCGAUUACCCGACAAAUGGCAUUUCAGAUGUGACUACUAGCCGCUUCCACCACUACUUUGGAGGUGAUGAAAUUGUUGUUGCUGGUAAAGUUGACGCUGAGAAGACACCAAAGGUCGAAAGCUUGAUCACUGCAACUUCUGCUGGGGAUAUACAGUUCCUAAUGGAAACAAUAACAGAAGUAGAAGCCCUAAAUGAAUUCUUUGCAGAAAGCAAGCAUGCCUUCCCUGAUUUUGCCAAGCAAUACUGGGCUCAGCUGACAAUCAACCAGUUAUUAGCCCAGAGGAGCUUAGCAACUACAGCAGAGGUCAAGAGGACACUUACGACCAAAAUAAUGCAGCUGUCAAUUACACAUCAUUUAGUGACUCCCUUCACGUCACUGCUGAUCGAGAGUGAGGAUGGCAAAGAGAGAAUGUUGGCAGAUCCCCCAAGCUUAAGCAAAGGAGCAUGCUGUCCAACAAUACUAGCUACAAAGAGUCCGGUUCAGCAUAUAACAACACCAAAGACACCUCAGACAACCCUAUCUCCAUCUGAGACACCUGAGGAGGCGAGACAGCUAACAAUAUCAAUGAUACCGAAAACUGAAUGUCUGAUUGGAAAAACUCCAACUCCAACUUGUGUUGAUACAGAUCCACAUUUCAUUAUAAACUUACCAAACAGCCAAACAGAUGUCUGCUUCAACAUUGAUGCACAACCAGGAAAUAUGCUGAACCUCCUGACUGAUAAUGAAUUAGGUAUUGCGAUUAAUGGUAAGAUAAUUACAGCUAAGAAAGCUAAGGAUGGCAAGCUGAACACCUACUUUGGUACAUUUGGCUUGUAUUUCAAGCAGCUGGACAUGAAGAUUGAAGUAGGCACUGAGAAAAUAACAGUGAAAGAUGCAUCUUACAGUAGAGUGAUGGGCUGGUCUGAGUCCAUAAGCCUGGCCUACAAGAGGCUCACUGUGUCAGUGAAGAAGGAGAGUAAUAUUACUAUUACAAUAGAUGAUAACAUGACUUUCUGGAUAAUCCUGCAUCGUGUAUGGAAGAAUCAUCCUGUCAACGUAGACUUCCUUGGACUCUACUUUCCUUCUGGUGGCUCAUUUUCCUUUGGGGCACACGGUUUAAUAGGCCAGUUUAUGACGGAUCCAGAAGUAAGAGUCUAUGAUGUGCGAGCCAGUACUGAUCCAGAGAAACCUAUCGCUACCAUGAAUGUGAAAGAAAAUAAGCUGACAGUAACAAGGGGAGUACAGAAAGAGUACCAGUCCAAUAAUGUGCAAGGUACUAAAGUCACCUGCUGGUUUGUACACAAUAAUGGAAAAGGUUUCAUCGAUGGACACUAUAGAGACUACAUGGUACCUCAGCUAUAUAGCUUCUUGAAACGCCCCUGA